UUACCUUGGUGAUCAUACAAAACUAAUUUCUUCAUGUAGGAUCAUCAGUCGCUACGGUCUAGAAUCAGAUUGCGUUAAGGUAUAGUAGAAGUGAUGGACCGGUGUGAUGGAAAUGCAAGCGUGCCGUUCAAUACAAACUUGGAACAAGUAAUACGUGCUGGCUACACAGGUGGAAAUGGAGUAACCUCAAAUUGCAAAGAAAGAAAUACAAGCGUGUGUCUUAAAAAUGGGAACGCUAAAAUAAAUAAAGGUCAUUGUGAUAAAAUGUCCAAUAAUUUGCAAUUUACUAUGAAAUGUAGUAGUUCAACACGAACUGAUUGCCCCAACUCAAACAGCACAAAUUGUUUUAAAAAUCCCAAAAAUCAUGUUCAUGGUAAUUAUCAAAAAACACACGAGGAAAAAGAGACUACUAAACCGGAUGUUUCUGGCGAAGAUAAUCAAGUUAAAUACACCUCUGCCGAGGGCAUGACGGAUGGUUUAGAAAAUAACAACAUUAAAAGUCUGAUAAAUAAUGAGCAGCAUCUUCAACCAGACCAACAUUGCACCCAAGACAUGAGUUACGCUCUAAGCUGCUUAACAAUAUCCAAUACAAAAGGCCUGUACCCAAUAAAUGCAACAAACGAUGAUCAUUCAGAAAAUAUUGUUUGUGCAAGCAAUGGAAUAUGCUAUGCACGUUAUAGCAGUGAGCUGCAAAUGCCAGCUAUCAUGCAUUUAAUAACAAAGGAUCUAUCGGAGCCAUACUCCAUUUAUACUUAUAGAUACUUUAUCCACAAUUGGCCUCAUCUGUGUUAUUUGGCUAUACAUGAAGCUAAUUACGUUGGUGCUAUAGUAUGUAAGCUCGAUCUGCAUAAGAAAAUAACUAGAAGAGGUUACAUUGCGAUGUUGGCGGUCGAUGAAUCUGUGAGAAGAAAAAAAAUUGGUACCAACUUAGUAAAGAUGGCAAUUGAAGCAAUGGUAGAGGAUGGCUGUGAUGAGGUUGUCCUUGAAACAGAGGUGACAAACCAGUCCGCACUAAAUCUUUAUGAAAACCUGGGCUUUAUUCGGGACAAAAGACUUUUUCGAUAUUAUCUAAAUGGUGUUGAUGCUUUACGAUUAAAACUGUGGUUAUGUUAGUAAUCUCAAAUAAUUUAUUUGUGAGAGCUAUACUUCCUGUAUAAAAAUUAAGUUGUAAUAUCAUAAAUGUAACGAAAAAUUAUGACAAUUUUUUUUUUACAAACAAAACAGAAGGGCAUUGUUGUGUUUUCAUAAUUCCAAUUUUUAUUUGAAGUUCAACCCUUCUAUUGUUUAAUCAUAAAUAUUAUUUAAUCUGUGAAAUGUACUUAAACAUUUCACUUUUUGGAAAUUUUAUAAAAGUAAAAUGUGUAUAGAAACUUUGUUGUAUGAACGAAAUUAUACAACCGUUUUUAUUUAACAACAAUAUCCAGAUGCAUUAUGUUUAAGUCGAAAUGUUUGUAAUGCUCCAAUAAAGUUUUAAUAUCACUGUUUUUGUGUAAUAGUCAAUAACAUAUUUAUACAUGUGUGUUUACAAUCGCUGUUUAAAGCCAUGAUUUUUACAAUA